CAUUCGUGUCACCGACCACCUGACUGCCUUGUGACCAAAACGCCUCGCGACUGCCUCGCUCACCUGCCGGUGAUGGCGAACGAAGACGAAGCGCUGGCAGCAAUUGGGAGAUUUCUCAAGAGCUCGGGCUUCGAGGAGCCUGCAAAGCUCCUGGACAAUGCCAAGGGAAAAGGUGAGCCGGGACUGGCGGCCCGCUUGCAGGAACUGGGUUCGAAACUCCUGAGCCUUGCUGAUGUGGCAGAGCGCGGUCGCGAUCGGGGCUCCUGGACCGAGCAACUCCUGCGGCGCUUCGCAGAUCAGGCAUUGCAACAGGAAGCACAUCUGCAAGAGGCGAUGUCACAAAGACUUGCCAAUGGCCUGAGAGAGCGCUCGUGUAGCGAGGUCACGACCGGAACUGGUUCUGCAACGCCAGCAGCGACUUCGCUUGAGCCAUCCGCUUACUAUGUGCCUCGCACUGGAUCCGACGUGAACUAUGAUCCAGACAUCACGGAAGAGUACCGCGAUGAUUUGGAUCCGGGAUACCGGAUUCGAGAAGUCACCGAACAAGAACUCAUGGAGGAGAUCCAGGAGAAGUACCAACGAGCGUUGGCCGCAGCGCCCGAGCUCAUGCCCUGGGCACAGGGCUUGCUGCCCCCGGAGGAUCACUCGGGCGACCUCGCGGACGACGACGAGCUGCUAGGAGCUCCAAAGACGGACAUCGAUGAGCUUUGUGCAGGUGUGGCUGAAGCGCCUUCGGCCUCCAGACCGCCGACGCAGCCGUCCGGCGAGGCGGACGGAACCACCGAGCACACCUUGGCGGAUGCCAUCAGGCAUGGAGUGCCAUGUGCUGGGGAUGCUGAGGCCGGGCUCCCCUCGCCCAGCUCGAAGUCCGCCAACGUGCCAGCCUUUGGCGGUGAGGCUACCACGGACUUACCAGGCUCCGAGAGUGUGGCAGCCACUGCAGCUCUUGCCAUGGCACAGCCAGACCCAGCGCCUAAGGCGCUCUGUUGUGCUCGGAAAGAGCGGAAGAAUGAUGGCCGGCCGCCCAUCCGCUAUCCAGACUCGGGCGACAGUUUUUACCCCGUGGAACUGGAUGGAGUUGUUUAUGACUCCUUCAACUUGAGGAUCAUCCAUGAGCGAGAUCGCACGGGGUUCGAAGAGACCAAGGACUUUCCGAUUCGGUUGAACAGCAUUGUGGCUGGUCGAUAUCAGGUCUUGGAGUACCUGGGCUCAGCGGCCUUUUCCAGAGCUGUUCAAUGCCUGGACCUGGAGACCAACAGGAUGGUUUGCAUGAAGAUCAUCAACAACAACAAGGACUUCUUCGAUCAGUCCUUGGAUGAGAUCAAGCUUUUGCGGUUGAUCCGUUCGAACACCGAGAGCCUGGAUGAGAAGAACUGUUUGGGACUGGUGGACUAUUUCUAUCACAAGGAGCAUCUCAUCAUCGUGACCGAGCUUCUCCGAGAUAACCUCUACGAGUUCUCCAAGUACAAUCGUCAGGCCUGUGAGGAACCAUACUUCACCUUGGGACGCUUGCAAAGGAUCUCGCAGCAGGUGCUAGCAGCACUGGAGUACAUCCAUCAGCUCUACCUGAUCCAUGCUGAUUUGAAACCGGAGAAUAUUUUGAUCAAGAGCUAUUCGCGAUGCGAGGUGAAGGUCAUCGAUUUCGGCUCCAGCUGUUUCGUGGAUGACUCGCUCACGAACUACGUGCAAUCCAGAUCCUAUAGGGCCCCGGAAGUGAUCCUGGGCUUGGCGUACGACCAGAAGAUCGAUCUAUGGUCAUUGGGCUGCAUCAUUGCAGAGCUUUGGUCAGGUUUCGUCCUCUUUCAGAACGAUUCGGUGCAGAGUUUGUUGGCGCGGAUCGUUGGCAUCUUAGGGCCAUUCCCGGCACACAUGAUGGCUACGGGACGCUCUGUGCCUCAAUACUUCACACAGGAUGGCCGCCUCUUUCGGGAAUUCGAGCGGAGCACCGCGCCGCAACCGCAACCUCAGCGACGAAUGCAGCUCUUUGUGCCCAAAAGGAGUUCUUUGCGGCAGCGCAUGCGAACCAACGACGAGGCAUUCUUGGACUUCUUGGCUUCGCUUCUGCAGGUGGAUCCCUGUUUGAGACCUACGGCGACCGAAGCCUUAAAGCAUCCCUUCUUGAGUCCUGGUCGCUACAGUGAUGGUUAUCCCGCCGCCACCUGAGCGGCCACGUAAACAAGCCACCUGCGCGGGUGCGAGGGUUCGCAUAGCCAGGCAGCCUGG